CAAGACGCUCUCAUGACGCGCUGGCUGCAGGCUGGAAAACAGACACACACUCUCCACCUCAGGAAAAACAGGGCCGUCCUCCGUCUGAACCCUCUGUGCAUUAAAUCAACACCGAGCUCUGGAUCGCUCACACCGUAAUUCCUCCUCUUUUUGGUGUUUCAAGAGACUUUUAUUGCUCUGCGAGUAGACAAGAAGGAAGUUUUUUUUGUUUUUCAAUGGAAAAUCUGUGGAGUUUCAGAUGCCUGGACCCCUUAUGACCCAACAGGAGCACUCACCAGCUACAGGUUCAAAUAAAAAAGUGGAGGAUUGCACGCUAAAAUUGACAAAAGUGGAUAAAAUUGUCGAGAAAAACAAAGCCGGCACUGGAUUUUCGAGCACUCUUCUCUUGGUGCAGUGUGGAAAAGUCCUGCAGAAAGGGCGGAGAUCAUUUGACCAUGCUUCUGUGCAGAUGUUCAGGAGUUAUCAAAAGUUGUAGCAUGAAUGUUUCGCCCUGUCUUCCCAAAGGCGCAAUGGAGUAAAGUGUGAUCGGAGGAGUUUACAAAAGUAAAGGACAGAAGGAAAACCUCGGACCUGAACCUUCAGCCCUUCCCCUGGCUGCAGUGUGGAGUAAGGGGUGUGCUCCGAGGUUCACCCCCGCCGGGCUGCCGCUCGCAGAUGGAGGCCCACCAACACUCCCCAGAUAGCAGCAGUGAGGAGUGCACCGUCCUGGAGGCUCCGCCCGGCAAAAACGCCUGCCCUCAGCACGCAGGGAAGGUGGCAGACGUGUACUGUUCAGCCUGCGAGUGUGCGCUGUGUGAGGACUGCAUAUCAGACCAUGAGGAGCAUCCUAAGGUGCCCCUCAGCGAGGCCCUGGAGCAGCACCGCAGCCGCCUGCAGGAGAGGCUGGGGACCGCGCAGAACAGACUCCCCCAGAUUUCGGAUGCCCUGUCCCUCGUCAAGGAGAUCCUCCAACAGCUGACUAAUCAGAGAGCUUCCAUUGAAGAGGACAUCCAGUCAAGCUUUGAGGAUCUGCACAAGCAGCUGGAUGUCCGGAAGAGUGUUCUGCUGAUGGAGCUGGAGGUCACAUACGGACUCAAACAGAAGGUCCUCCAGGCCCAGAUGGACAGCCUUAUGCGAGGAGAGGGGGACAUCAUGACCUCCUGUACCCAGACAGAGGAGGCUCUGGCUGGGGAGGCAUGUGUGGCGAGCCUGCAGGUGGAGCACGAGCUGCAGGAGAGGCUCAGGGAGCUGGCCGGCCUCGGCCUACCGUGUCAGCCGGAGGAGAACGAUCAGCUGGAUCUGGUGAUGGAGACAGAUGGGCUGAGGAAGUCCAUACACAACCUGGGGACCAUCGUCACAACCAGUGCGGUGGCGAGCCAGAGCGAAGCCAUGGGUGCUGGCCUGGAGCAGUGCAUUGUGGGACAUCCUGCCUCGGUUACCAUAGUGACAAGAGACAAGUCAGGGGGAGCCUGCAAGAGUGGCAAUGCAAUUCUGUCAGCUGAGGUGUUCACACCGGACGGCAGCAUAGUGGACGGAGAAAUAGUGGACCACAAGAAUGGGACUUACGAGUUUGUGUACACGGUGCCGAAGGAGGGCGACUUCUCAUUGGCUCUCCGGCUGUACGACCAGCACAUCAAAGGAAGCCCCUUUAAACUGACCGUCAACAGGGUCUCAGAGACAGAAGUGGAGGUGUCGCCCUCCACCACCACAGCAACCAACUCAGCAGCCUACGCCACCCCGUCCACGGGUUCUUCUGAGGGGGCAAAGAGACGAGGAAAGUCGCCCGGCCAGAAGAAAAAGGGCUCCAAGAGGGCCAGCAGCGCCUUGGGCACGCCGCGACGCAAAACCCAGAACCCCAUUGAGGACGACCUCAUCUUCAGGAUCGGAACGAAGGGGAGGAAUAAAGGAGAGUUCACCAACCUGCAAGGAGUGGCUGCCUCCUCUGGUGGCAGGAUACUUAUUGCUGACAGCAAUAAUCAGUGUGUCCAGAUUUUCUCCAACGAGGGGGAAUUUAAGAGUCGCUUUGGGGUGCGGGGACGGUCGCCUGGACAACUCCAGCGUCCCACAGGGGUGGCCGUACACCCUAGUGGUGACAUCAUCAUCGCUGACUAUGACAACAAGUGGGUCAGCAUCUUCUCCGGCGAGGGCAAGUUCAAGGCGAAGCUUGGCUCUGGUAGGCUCAUGGGGCCGAAGGGCGUGUCCGUGGACCAGAACGGUCAUGUGAUUGUGGUUGACAACAAGGCAUGCACUGUGUUCAUUUUCCAGCCAACCGGCAAGCUCAUCACCAAGUUUGGUAGUCGAGGAAACGGCGACAAGCAAUUUGCAGGCCCACACUUUGCGGCAGUGAACAAGAACAACGAGAUCAUCGUGACUGACUUCCAUAACCACUCCGUCAAGGUUUUUACCCUUGAAGGCGAGCUGGUGUUGAAAUUUGGCUCUAAUGGUGAAGGAAAUGGCCAGUUUAAUGCUCCCACUGGCGUAGCUGUGGACAUUAAUGGGAACAUCAUCGUGGCUGACUGGGGCAACAGCAGAAUACAGGUGUUCGAUGGCAGCGGCUCCUUCCUCUCCUACAUCAACACGUCAGCGGACCCUCUAUACGGACCACAAGGUUUGGCUUUGACCUCAGAUGGACACGUGGUGGUGGCUGACUCUGGCAACCACUGCUUCAAAGUCUACCGCUACCUACAAUGAUGAAGAGGAGGAAGGAAAGACGGAUGGAGGGAGCAGUUGUUGGAGUGAAGAGAUAAGGUGCACGAUGUCAAAUUCUAGGAAUUACUGCAUGAACGUCAACUGCUGCCUGUAAUAGUGGAGGGAAGGAUGGAUGAAAAAAAGAGAAGAGGAAGCAAGAAGAAGGAUUAAACAUCAUUACAUUAUUAAACCACAAUGAAACUUUGAUCUAGUUUCGACUUCUUUGAUGAUUUGGAUAAUCAUAGUAAUCAUCAACAACUAAAACCGUGGAUGACAGAAAAUGAUGGGACAAGGUUGGUCUUUGAACUACAUCCUCUUGUAAAAAUAAGGGAAAAUGAUAACAGCAGAUGAGGGAGAAUGGAGCGAUAUUGGAUUCAAGAGCUUGCUGCACUCUACAAAUCUGAGAAAUAUCGCAGAGUGGGACCAAGAAGUGAUGCAACACUGGCCUAAAAACAGUUAUGCAACAACUCAUUCAUGAUGUCAAAUACUAGAAGUCCAUCUUUCUCCCAGUUUGGCACUGAUAUAAAAACAGAGGAGUUCAUAGAAAGGAAAGGAAGAACCAAUUAAUGUUGCGGAAGGAGAUGACGAAAACGCCUUUGGAAACCACUGCUUCCUAAACCCACCAUGGAGGGAAUGUUGAUUAAAGAGAUUCGAAGUAUCGAAGGCAUGAGUGGAUAAAUUAAGACUGGUGUUUUGGAGAGAAGUGAUUGGAUGGUUUUCUAAUGUUCUGCCUUCUCAUGUUGUAUGUAACAGACAAAAUAAUGGCUAUUGGGCUAAAAGAUGUCUUGGUCUCUGACUCUGGGUCAUUGGAACAGAUUCCCCCUUCUGUUUUUGUACAGUAGAAUUUAUCCACCAACAUCAACUCUAAUAUUUUGAGGCUAACACUAGCUACCAACUCUUAAAGCUUAUCAGCACUUAACUUCCAACUGGUUCGGCAGCAGAGAACAACGGUUUCACUGGGAACCUCCCAGCAGUGAAGGUGUACAUCUGUAAAUACGGUGCAAGAAAUCACCUAAAAAGGGCAUUCUUGCCUAGCCAAAUUUAGAGUAUAAUGACUAUAUUGUUGAAUGAAAAUUCAGUCUGCAAUAGUCAUUAAAAAAAUCAUUAGGCUAAGACAUGGGGCACUUUUAGCCUGUUG